CUUCUCUGUAACCAAGGGAAUAUUUUCCUCUACCUAAUUGAGCUCUUUCAUGACCAUUUUGUUCUCAUUCUCUUCAAAUACUCUAAUAUUCUAUUUUUUUUUUCAUAAGGAUUUGACACUAUUUUCUUUUGUAUACUCCAAUAAAAUAAUCCAAGUACUGAGAUAGAGUGAUAGAUAUAAGUGGUACGGCCACUCACCACCUCUGGAUAAUCCAAGUAGGAAGUGAAUCCCAAACCGCAUUAUUAAACGGAGUACUACAUUACAAGUAAAAUCAAGACACUUUUUUGAGAAACCAAGAAAUCAGAGCGCAAACCCAGAAAUCUUUGCCCAUUCUUUAGUAGAAGGCUUCCUCAAAAUCUAAUCUUUACCAUGAUUUGAUGCUUGGAGAGUCCAGACUCCAGAGAUGGGUUUGUCCAGAAAGCCCUUUUCUUCUUCUUCCUUCAUUUCUGUGUUCUUGGUUGUUCUUCCCAUUCUUGGGCUCAUUUCUCAAGCCAGCUCUGAAUCUGGGUAUGCCAGCUUGAUUUACAAGGGGUGUGCAAAGCAGGAUUUGCCAGAUCCAUCUGGGGUUUACUCACAGGCCCUCUCUGGGCUCUUUGGGUCUCUCAUUGCCCAGUCCUCAAAGGCCAAGUUUUACAAGAGUACUACUGGGAGUGGGCAGGCUACCAUUACUGGGCUGUUCCAGUGUAGGGGUGACCUCUCCAAUGUGAACUGUUACAACUGUGUGAGUAGGCUCCCAAUCCUCAUAGACAAGCUGUGUGGGAGGCCUGCAGCAGCAAGAAUCCAGCUUUUUGGGUGUUACAUGCUGUAUGAAGUUGCUGGGUUCCCCCAAAUCUCUGGGAUGGAGAUGCUGUACAAGACUUGCAGUGGGAAGAAUGCCCAAGGGUUUGAGGAGAGGAGGGACACUGCUUUCAACAAUUUGGUUGGUGGGAUUCCCAGUGCCAAUGGAUUUUACACCACCAGCUAUGAGUCUGUGUAUGUGUUGGGCCAGUGUGAGGGUGAUGUGGGCAAUUCUGAUUGUGGUCAGUGUGUGAAGAAUGCUGUUCAGAGAGCUCAAGUUGAGUGUGGGAGCUCCAUUUCUGGCCAAAUAUUUCUCCAUAAGUGCUUCAUUAGCUAUUCUUAUUAUCCCAAUGGCCUCCCUAAAGGCUCAUCACCUUCUUCAUUCUCAUCUCCUUCCUCCUCCUCAGGACAAAAUGCAGGGAAGACGGCAGCAAUAGUAGUAGGAGGAGCCGUGGGAGUGGGCUUUAUAGUCAUACUUUUGUUGUUUGCUAGAAGUUUAAUGAAGAAACGUGAUGAUUAUUGAAGGGGGCAUCUGAGUUUUUAGCCGAAGUUUUUCAUGAGGGAAAGUAUGUGAUAAUCUUAUUGGUUCUGGAUUCUUGUUACUGGAAAACUAUUCGGGAUGUGGGUAGGGAAAAUUUUUGGGGAUGUUGGCUGUUGAUGAAUGUUAGUUACGUAAAUGAUUUGUUUGGAGAAAAAAAUGCAUUUUUUUUGGCAGCAAUGAAAAAGUUUGGAAAUAGCCA